UCCUGGAUGCCGACAAUAAUAAGCCCUGCCGAGAUGCGUCAGUCGUAUAGACUUUUUUGGUAAAUAAAGAGACGAUUUUUUUUGUUUGUUUGCGGUUUUCUCAGAACAGCGCACGUGCCGUGGUACCUGAAAGCCGUUCCUCUUCUAUACAGAUCUCUAGUCAGUGAAAAAUAACGAACCAUACCCGUACACGACAGCACGAGCCCGGGGAUGGAGAUGUCUAAAGCGGAGCGGCUGAACGAGCGCGUGAACGAGCUGCUGACGGCGGCGGUGCAGCGCGUGCUGGAGGCGGUGCGGGACACGGUGCAGGAGUACGAGGAGAAGAGCGCGCAGACGCAGAGGGAGAACGAGAGACUGCGGAGGAGAGUCCAGGAGCUGCAGGACCAGCUGGACAGGGAUACCGCGGUUUCCCACAUCACCGCCCAGCUCACCGUUUCUCCUCCUCCCACAUCGUCUGGACAGAAGAAACCUUCAUGCAGCCGUCAGUCAGAGCCGAUGGCAUUGAAAGACAAGACGUGUUUCAAAGAAGAGCCGCCCAACGAUGGCCAAAAUGCUUUGUUCCCAGCCGAAAUAAAAACCGAAAUAGAGCAGUCAGACUAUCCUGGGGCAGAAGAACCCGUGCUGGAACCCGUUCUCCAGAACACCUAUUUCCCCUGCGCACAUUUGCAGUUCCAUGCAUCCCAGAACGAGCCAGACUUCCCCGCAGCGCCUCCGAACAACAAUGCCGACACUCUGGACACCUUCGUGGAGCAUUUUCCCUUCGAGGAAGAAGGCUGGAGACAGCAGAACCGGGAGGAGCGCCACGUCUGCCUUCUGUGUGGGAAAAACUUUAACCGGCUCGCCAACCUCCGCAUCCACCAGCGCUGCCACACGGGGGAGAAGCCGUACACAUGUUCACACUGCGGCCGGCGCUUCAGCCACAGCGGAAACCUCCAGAAACACAAGCGCGUGCACACGGGCGAGCGGCCGUACCAGUGCCCCCAGUGCAGCAAGAGCUUCUGCCAGUCCAGCCAUCUGAAGAAGCAUCAGAUGGUCCACACGGGUCGACACGUCCCAGUCACCAGGCGGAACAUGGAACUCUAAGGGGAACCUCCGGUUGGUCAAAAUAAUCCAGAAAUCCGGUCGGUUUUUGUUCGGGCUCCGACCACUGCACAGUUUGGAUGCAGAAAAUAUUUGUUUAAGACAAAACUCACAAAUGUAGUGUAACACAGUGUUCAUAGGGCUACAUAACAUCUACAUAAGCCUUUCAGCCUGCGUGUUUAAAACUUUAUUCCAUUAAGACCAUGAUCUUCCAUUGUAACGUCAAGUUACGGUACUUGAUAGUGAUUUAUUUUUUGUUGUUGAUGUAAGGUUGUUAUAAUUCAUCCUGAAACGCUUUAUGCUCAGAUGCGCAGAAGUGUCCAGUGGCAUCGACUCGGCCGAAGCAGAAGCCCUGCUCUCAAAAACAAUUUUUUAUAGUUUCUGUAAGUUCAGUCAGACUACUUGAUUUAAAACAUUAGUGAAAAUUCCACAUGAGACUCUUUACGUGUCGACUUUCUCACUAAUUUGGUUCUCAGUUUUAGUACUAAAUACAUCUAAUAUGAUGUUAAAAAGAAAUACAGUGUAGUGACGUUAGCUAUUGUCUUUGCUAGUUUGAGGUAGCUAGUAUUUUAUUUGCCUAAAAAAGACAAAAAAAUUUUUUUUUAAUAUACGUUUUAUGACACACCUCAAAACAACUGAAAACUUUGGAAGUGUGACCAGGUUUGUAAUGUUAUUGUUAACAUUAAUCAGAGACAGAGAGACAGAAGUCAAGCACAAAUUGUAUAAUAGAGUUUGCACAUGAUGCUCUUAGGAGGCGACAGAGAUUUACAGAGCGGGAUGAUUUUGUUUUUUUCCUUUCAGAAAAAUCGUAGUCAUAGUUUGGCCUCAGGUAGCAGAGAAAUGUCCAUUAGCAGUAAAACUUUUUUUUUUUUUUUUUACCUGAAUUCGCCACCUUCUCAACAUUUGUACACUGACCAGGCAUAACAUUAUGACCAAUAUUGUAUUGGUCCCCCUUUUGCUGCCGAAACAACCCUGACCCGUCAUGCACUGUGUAUUCUGACACCUUUCUAUCAGAACCAGCAUUAACUUCUUCAGCAGUUUCAGUAUCAGUAGCUCAUCUGUUGGAUCGGAUCAUCAAUGAGCCUUGGCCGCCCAUGACCCUGUCGCCAGUUCACCAUUGUUCCUUCCUUGGACCACUUUAGAUAGAUACUGACCACUGCAGACUGGGAACACCCCACAAGAGCUGCAGUUUUGGACAUGGUCUGAACCUGUGGUCUAGCCAUCACAGUUUGUCCCUUCGUCAAACUCGCUCAAAUCCUUACGCUUGUCCAUUUUUCCUUCUUCUAACACAUCAACUUUGAGGACAAAAUGUUCACUUGCUGCCUAAUAUAUCCCACCCACUAACAGGUGCCAUGAUGAGGAGAUCAUCAGUGUUAUUCACUUCACCAGUCAGUGGUCCUAAUGUUAUGCCUGAUUGGUGUACAUCAAUUAUGUGUUCAAACCUCUGUCAUUUUCUGCCUCAGCAAAGAGAAAUCUUUUUUCAGUCAGUAGCCAUUUUGCACUGUCUCUGGCGAAAAUCAGCGUUUACAAAAUGUUUGUAAAUCCAGAGAAAAACUUCAGUUCAGUUUUUCUUAAACAAACUUUUACACACAACUUUACUGAAGAGAUUGAUGGAGGCCCCCUGUGUGAGCAGAUCAGUAAAUCCGAGCUCAGGAUCGUCGUAGUUCUGUAGUUGUAGGAGUCGUCACGUCUGCUGGACGAUACGAUACGCCUGUGGUUGUAGUUUAUAUUUUCAGCCAGUUAACAACAGGCAAUAAUAAACUCAGUUCUGGACAAAUGGGAUGUUAUACUUUGUGUAGUCUGUAGAGCAGUUGAUUUCUCAUGUUUUAAACACGUCUGCUGUGUAAAAUCUAACAAAAACAAGAAGAAAAAAAAAGUUUUCAAUUUUUUGAUAUUUUUUUUAAAUUUGUUGUUAAAAUGCUGUCUGUUUUUGUUUGUUUGUUUUUAAAUAAGCAUGAAUAUUGCCAAAAGUUUUUGUCAACAAAAGGCUAACCCUGGUGCUGAUGUUAAAAUCUAAUAGAAUUAAUUGCUGGAGUUCAUUUUGUAAUAAUAACAACAACAAUUGUAAUAUACCUUUAUUUUUGGGUAUAAAUUUUGACACAAUUUUAGUGUCAGAGGUGAACCUGCUAUGCUGUUAUGUAAUAGAGUAACACAGCUAGAGGAGGAAAAACGCUCAGCUUUGUUCCUUAUUUUGUUUUUAACCCUCGUUUAUGAAGUCAGCAUUACGUCAGAACUGCAGCCUUGUGACUCCGGCAUGCGAGAUGUCCGUACCGUGUGCCACCUCCAUGUUGAUUCAUGUUUAUACAAGUCAUUGUAGGUGUCCUGUAGCUCUCUGAACACUGGUGUGAAGUGAAAACAUAAGUGUUGUACAGAAGCUGAUUUACGAAUCCGACAACGGAUUUGCGACUAAACCUACGGUCCCGUUGUUUGUGUUCAAGUACGAUUCUUUUCCCGACGUGGAAAUCCAUCCGUUCUGUCACUCACUGACGUGUCGACGUCUUCAGAGGCGAGACAAAAACCAUCGAGCUUUCACUUUGGCUAAGAAACAGCCUUCUGUGUUUUAGAAAUUAUUGUGUGUUUUUGUGGCUAAAGCUAAAUAUCUGUGUACAUCAUCUGCCUAACCUAAUGCGUUACUGUAUAUGAUUUUAAUGUUUUUAUGUUAUAUAUUUUUAUUUAAAGAAUAUUAAAAGGUUUUUGAUGCCAAAGGAAAA